AUGGGUGCAAUUAUCUCCUCUUGCUGGGAUGCUUUACCUUCAACCAUGGAGCUCCUCCCGCCAUCCCCUGCCGUCUACACAACCAUCCUAUGCUGCUUCCAAUACUUUCCCCUGGUGACAGUAGCCCAAUGGGUUUUAUCAUGGCACCCAGCUGGCAAAACCUCCUCAGAGUCCAUUUUCAACAUCCCAGGACGCAUAGCCUGGUGUGCAAUGGAGAUAAUCGGCCCUAUCAACUUGAUCUAUAGCCUAGCCACCCCAUCACCGCAUUCACCCACACUCACUAACCUCCCCGCGUCCAACGUGCUCGUUGCAUCCCUGUACUGCCUCCACUACCUCAACCGUGCAAUCAUUUCUCCAUUCUUCUCCGCUCCCAGCAUGUCCCCAAUUCACCCGUUCAUCAUGUCCUCCGCCAUGCUGUUUAACUGGUUCAACUCUGCCUGUCUGGCAGGCUGGCUGCGCGGGUAUACGGUACCUACUAUCCCAGCAUUCUUCCAUGAGAGUCAAUCUCCCCGCUCAGCAGCGGUGGACCUACUCCCCGCAGUGGGAAUCGCUUUAUUCGCUAUCGGAAUGGCCGGCAAUAUCUACUCCGAGACAUCACUAUUCCGGCUUCGUCGCGAAGAAGCUGAAAGGCGUGUCUCCAAAAAGACAGAUGACUCCCAACUGACUGGUGAAACUGGAAAUAAUGGAAACAAGUACCAUAAGGUCUAUGUUAUCCCGCCUGCUCGUGGUGUCUUUCGAUACAUCUUGUACCCGCACUACGUCUUCGAAUGGCUCGAGUGGACUGGAUUUGCUCUCGCCGGUACGGCAGUAGCACCUUUCUCCGCUUUGCCUGUGUCUGCGUCUGCGUCGGUGUCUUCUGUCGCUAUCGCUCCUCCGCUGCGUCUUGCACCCUGGUUGAUCCCAGUGGCUUGGGCUGCUGGUAAACUUGCUGUUCCCCUUCCUCUACCCGCCGUGGUCUUUGUUGUCAAUGCUGUUACAAACAUGUUGCCGCAUGCGCGCUGGGGUCGGAAGUGGUACGUUGAGAAGUUUGGGGAGAAGGCUGUUGCUGGUCGGGGAGCUGCUGUUCCAGGAUGUGCGUGGUUGUGA